AUGGGUUCUUCAGUGGAGAAAAAUGCAGAAGUUUCUGACACUAAAAGUGUCAACGAUUUGAGAGAUAUCGAGACUACUGAAAAACACUUGGUCUAUCUCGAAGAUGGUAAAAAAUUGAAAAAGAAGUUAAAAGCUCGUCAUAUUACUAUGAUUGCCAUUGGUGGUGCUUUAGGUACCGGUUUAAUUAUUGGUACUGGUUCAGCUUUGGCAGCAGCAGGUCCUGGUUCUGUUUUUCUUGCUUAUGUUUUAGUUGGUUUUAUUGUUUAUGAUGUGAUGUGUGCCUUGGGUGAAAUGGCUGCCUAUAUUCCACUUCCAGAUGGUUUUACUGGUUAUGCUCACAGAUAUGUUGAUCCUGCUUUGGGUUUUGCUGUUGGAUGGAUGUAUCUUUUAAAAUAUCUUUUAGUUUGCCCAAAUCAAUUGACUGCUGGUGCUUUGGUUAUGCAAUAUUGGGUUCAUAGGGACAAAAUCAAUCCUGGGGUUUGGAUCACUAUUUUCUUAGUUACUAUCACUGCAAUUAAUUUCUUUGGUGUCCAAAAAUUCGGUGAAAUCGAAUUUUGGUUAUCUUGUUUGAAGGUUUUAACUUGUGUUGGUUUAAUCUUCUUUUUAUUCAUUCUCAUGUUAGGCGGUGGUCCCAAUGGUGACAGAACUGGUUUCAGAUACUGGAAAGAUCCAGGUGCAUUCAAAGCCUAUGAUGGUAUUGAAGGCAGCACUGGUAGAUUUGUUGCCUUUGUCUCUGUUUUGGUCACUGCUGUUUUUGCUUUCUUGGGCACAGAAUUGGUUGGUAUCACCUUUGGUGAGGCACAAAAUGUCAAAGCCAUUCCAAAGGCUAUCAAAUUAACCUUCUGGCGUAUUGCUUUGUUUUACUGGUUAAAUGUCUUGUUUUUAGGUUGUUGUGUUGCCUACGAUGAUCCUAAUUUGGCAUUUGCAAACAAGCAAAAAAGUUCUGCUGCUGCUUCUCCCUUUGUUGUUGCUGCUAUUUCUGCUGGUAUUUCUGGUCUUCCACAUCUUAUCAAUGGUUGUAUUUUAGUCUUUAUCUUUUCUGCUUCCAAUUCAGAUCUUUACUUGGCUUCUCGUGCCUUGUAUGGUUUAUCUUGCAAUGAGGAUGCUCCAAAAUUCUUUGCUAGAACAAACAAAUAUGGUGUUCCAGUUUAUGCUUUGGGUGUUGCAGUCGUAUUUGCAUUAUUAGCUUAUAUGAAUGUUACUGAUGAUUCAAAGGUUUUAUUUGGUUAUUUCGUUUCGGUUGUUUCAAUUUUCGGUUUGAUUUGUUGGGCUACAAUUAUCAUUUGUCAUAUGUAUUUCAUGAGAGCUUUAAUUACUCAAGGUGUCGACAGAAACACUUUGCUUUACAAGGCUCCUUUGCAACCAUGGGCCGAUUAUGUUUCUUUAUUCUUCAUUAUUCUCAUCUGCCUCAUCAAAAACUUUACUGUCUUUUUAUUCGGAGAUUUCAAGUACAAAACUUUCAUCACUGGUUAUAUCGGUAUUCCAGUUUUCUUUGUUCUAUGGCUAGGCUAUAAAUUCAUCUACAAAACCAAGGUAAUCAAAGCUGAAGAUGUCGAUUUGUAUAGUUACAGAGAUAUUAUUUUGGCUGAACAAGAAGAACAUGAGAGACUCGAAAAGGAAGAAGCAUUAGCUAGAGGCGACAAAAAGAAUGCCAAGUGGUUCUAUUACAAGUUUGUUGCCUGGCUAUUCUAG